UGUCAGAGGGUCCUUUAGAGGGAUGGAAACUAGCCGCUACCAUUCUAUCAAAGCAGAUACAGAUGCAGCCAUAGAAGUAAGCUGUACAAUUCGGAAAUUUAAUGAAAGGGUUACUGGCGAGGCACUGCGGUAUUAGUUUUCAGGACCUGAAAUAAAUAAAAAUCUGGAGGAGAUAUGGCACACAUUACUAUCAAUCAGUAUUUACAGCAGGUGCAGGAGGCGAUAGACAGUAAACAUGGUGUGUUUUGUGCAGAGUUGGUUUCAUUCAGACAUCCUCAUGUUGCAAAUGCCAGGUUACAGUUGUCUGCCCCAGAGGAAAAGUGUCAGCAAGUACUGGAGCCUCCCUAUGAUGAAAUGUUUGCAGCUCACUUAAGGUGCACCUACGCUGUUGCUAACCAUGACUUUGUUGAAGCAUAUAAGUGUCAAACUGUCGUAGUUCAAUCCUUUUUAAGAAUUUUCCAGUCUCUGAAAGAGGAAAAUUGGGCCCUGCCCAUCAUGUACGCUAUUACCCUUGACUUGCGGGUUUUCGCCAAUAACGCCGACCAACAGCUUGUGAAGAAGGGAAAAGGCAAAGUGGGAGACAUGUUGGAGAAAGCGGCUGAGCUGUUAAUGAGUUGCUUCAGAGUGUGUGCCAGUGACACCCGGGCUGCUUUUGAGGAUUCUAAAAAGUGGGGAAUGUUAUUUCUAGUGAAUCAGCUUUUCAAAAUUUAUUUUAAGAUUAAUAAGCUUCAUUUAUGCAAACCUCUAAUCAGAGCCAUCGACAGUUCCAACUUUAGGGAUGAAUAUACUAUGGCACAAAGAGUCACUUUCAAAUACUAUGUUGGACGCAAGGCUAUGUUUGAUAGUGACUUCAAGAAAGCUGAGGAAUAUUUGUCCUUUGCUUUUGAAAACUGCCUGCGUUCCUGUCAGAAGAAUAAAAGAAUGAUUCUGAUUUACUUAUUACCAGUAAAAAUGUUGUUGGGUCAUAUGCCAACACUUCAGCUGUUAAGAAAGUACGACCUGAUGCAGUUUGCAGAAGUAACCAAGGCUGUGAGUGAAGGAAAUCUGCUGCUGCUCACAGAGGCUUUGGUCAAACAUGAGACCUUUUUUAUUCGUUGUGGCAUUUUUCUAAUUCUGGAGAAGCUGAAAAUCAUCACAUACAGGAACCUUUUCAAGAAAGUAUAUCUGUUACUAAAAACUCACCAGCUUUCACUAGAUGCCUUUUUGGUUGCUCUUAAGUUCAUGCAAGUGGAAGAUGUAGAUAUUGAUGAAGUGCAGUGUAUUAUAGCUAACCUUAUCUACAUGGGACACAUAAAAGGUUACAUAUCUCAUCAGCACCAAAAGCUGGUCGUCAGCAAGCAAAACCCUUUCCCACCAUUGUCGACGGUCUGUUAAAUCUACGAAAGAAAAAGACUUGCACAUUUAUAUAGCCCUGUAGCUGUUUGUCUCUGUUUUCAUUUACAACUAGGGACCGCAUUUGUAUGAAGACUUAUUUCAUGUGUUAACUUAAGGAAUCAACCAUCUGUCAUUCAACUUUUCAGAGACACCCCAGUUUUUUUUUUACCGUUUUAUUAUUUAGUGAACUAAAUAAACUUUUUUUUGUUCUUUAUUUUUUAAAUAAAGAAAAGUUGUUUUUUUUUUUUUAAUAAUUUUGUUUUACCUUGAGAUUGUAUUGGAUUAAUAAAAUAACAUGUAACACGUC